AUGAAUGAAGUCGAAUAUCAUCUAUUCAUGAUAGGUAUUGAUCCAACUUAUACAAAUUGGAUAUUUCAUGGGGAGGGUGAAAAUUGGAGUGUAAAUGCAUCAGACAGUGAUGAAGAUGGGAUUAAUUACAGUGAGAAUUACGUCGGUGAUAUGGAUGAGAUGAUAGACGACAUUCGGGCUGGAUUAUUCAUGGACAAUGCAGGCAGGGAGCAUGGUACUACUUCUGAGCCUUCAAUGAAUGAGGGAGCCCCAAAAUAUUUUGAACAAUUGUUAGAGGAUGCUCGACAUCCACUUUAUCCAAGUUGCCAAAAGUUCUCAAAGUUUUCAUUUAUAGUCAAGCUGCUUCAUAUAAAAACAAUUGGUGGGUGGACUAUCAAGUCAUUUAACAUGGUUUUACAAUUUUUAAAAGCAGCUUUUCCUGAAAUUGAGAUACCUAACUCAUACCACGAGGCCCGACAGCUAGAGCGUGCUUUGGGUUUUAGUUAUGUGAAGAUUGAUGCAUGCCCAAAUGACUGUAUGCUAUUUUGGAAAGAUAACGUGGACAAAGAAGCUUGUUCUAAAUGCAUGGAGUCAAGGUGGGUGUCAACCAGGUGGAAAAAGGGGAAGAUUCCCCAAAAGAUUUUGCGAUACUUUCCUCUUAUACCGAGGUUACAAAGACUAUUUAUGCCGAAAAAUAUAACAAAAUCCAUGAAAUGGCAUAAAGAAGAACGAGUUGUUGAUCACAGUACCCUCAGGCAUCCUGCUGAUUCUAAGAUGUGGAGGCAAUUUGAUAAAGACCACGGUGAAUUUGCAUCAGAUGCUCGCAAUGUUCGACUAGGCCUAGCCAGUGAUGGCUUCAACCCGUUCAAUAAUAUGAGCAGACCUUAUAGCAUAUGGCCAAUGAUACUGGUGCCAUACAACUUGCCCCCUUGGUUAUGCAUGAAAGAUUCGUAUUUAAUAUUGUCCAUGCUCAUUCCUAGCCCCAAAGCACCAGGAAACGACAUCGAUGUUUAUUUGCAGCCUUUAGUCAGUGAAUUAAAAGUGUUAUGGGAUGUGGGUGUAGAUACGUAUCAUGCAUCAAAAUCUGAACACUUUCGCUUACAUGCUGCACUUUUGUGGACCAUAAAUGAUUUUUUUGCAUAUGCCAAUCUUUCAGGGUGGAGUACAAAGGGAAAGAUGGCUUGCUCAUUAUGCAAUGAGGAUACAGACUCCAUGUGGUUGAAACAUGGGAGAAAACAUUGUUAUAUAGGUCAUCGUCGUUUCUUGCUAGCCUCGCACAGUUGGAGAAAGAAAAAAGUUGCAUUCAAUGGAAAGGAGGACCACGAUGGUCCUCCUCCAGAGCUCAUGGGACAUGAUUUACUCCAGCAACUUUUGUAG